ACCCAGCUGAAAACCCUCCUGGCCAUUGGAGGCUGGGACUUUGGACCUGCCCCGUUCAGUAACAUGGUCUCCACUCCUCACAACCGCCAGACUUUCAUUAACUCAGCCAUCAAAUUCCUGCACCAGUAUAGGUUUGACGAGCUGAACCUGGACUGGCAGUUCCCCAGGUCUCAUGGGAGCCCUGCUAAGGACAAGCAUCUCUUCACCAUCCUCGAGCAGGAAAUGCGUGAAGCUUUUGAACAGGAAGCCUUUCAGAACAAUAGCCCCAGGCUGAUGAUCACUGCUACAGUGGCUGGUGUCAUCCUCACCAUCCAGUCUGGCUAUGAGAUCCCCCAACUGUCACACUCCCUAGACUACAUCCAGGUCAUGACUUACAAUCUCCAUGGCUCCCAAGAUGGCUACACUGGGAAAAACAGUCCCCUUUACAAAUCCCUAAAUGACACUGGUACCAACACCUUCCUCAAUGUGGAUUACAUCAUGACCUAUUGGAAUGAAAAUGGAGCCGCUCCUGAGAAGCUCAUUUUUGGAUUCCCAGCAUAUGGACAAACCUUCACCCUGAGUGACCCCUCCAACACUGGAAUCUGUGCCCCUACCAUUAGUGCUGGUACACUAGGGCCAUAUACAGAAGAGUCUGGCAUCUGGGCCUAUUAUGAGAUUUGUACCUUCCUGAAUGAUGGAGCCACUGAAGCCUGGGAUGGUGCUCAGGAAGUGCCCUACACCUAUCAGGGCAACAAAUGGGUUGGCUAUGAUAAUGUCAAGAGCUUUCAUAUCAAGGCUGAAUGGCUUAAACAAAACAGUCUUGGAGGUGCCAUGUUAUGGACCCUUGACAUGGAUGAUUUCUCUGGUGCUUUCUGCAACCAGGGACAGUUUUCUCUGACAUCUACCCUGAAGAAUGCCCUUGAAGUGCACAGUAAAAGUUGUAUGGCAUCUGUUUCAGAUCUUCAGCAAGAAUACUGUGGAAGUAGGAACCUGAAGAGAGGCUCUGAGGCUGUAGGUUCUGUGUCACCUAUACCAGCAGGGUGA